GACUCUUUCUCCCUCUCCUUCUUCUACAACGCACCAUGUCCCUCCCUUUAUAACAUGCCAUUCCUCUCCAUGCCCAGAACUUGUUCUCUCUGCAUAAACAUCUAGACGCCAUCACACCCUCAAAAGAUAGUAAAAAAAAUGGGAAAUUUCUGGAGGCAUAUUUCAGGACAUGACAUGCAAGAGAAGGCCAUGAACAACAUGGAAGAGAAAGGGCCUCUUGGAGAUCAUGAUAACAUGAGAGAUUUCACAUCAUCUUCUUCAACAACAACCACAAGUACAACAGUGAAGAUCAAGAUUACAAAGAAACAACUCAAGGAGUUGCUGGGUAAGGCUGAAGUAAAGGGACUAUCACUGCAACAAAUUCUGUCCCAGUUGAUGAAUGCUAGUAGUGAUCAUAGAUCAUAUGAACCACAACAACAGUCCUGGAGGCCUAAUCUACAGAGUAUACCUGAGUGAUUAUGAGCUCAUUUUGCUGAGGGAUAGGACGAUGAUCCAUUUAUGGGUUCUUGUUGUACAGAGUUUUGUUUUGUAGGGAAAAAGAUAUGUAGCUUUACUAGUUAAUUAAGUUAGCAAGCUCUAUACAUUUUGCAUUUUCCUGCACAUACAUAUAUACAGGAACCAGUUUUCGGUUUUGCUGCUAAAAGAAUCGUUCCUUUUUCUUUUUAA